UAAUUUUCAGUUUUGUGACAAAGUUCGAGUAAAGCUAACGCUCUUCUAAAAUUUAAAAAAAUACUUAGGUACCUACUCUUUACAAAAUGGCUGAUUUACAACAAGAUGCAGUGGAAAUAAAAAGUAUUGAGACUGAGAAACCAACAAAAACGUUCGAACAAAAGGAAAAGUUCGUUUUCAAUCAAUGUUGUUUCUGCAUACCACUAAGGACUGGAUGUCUCAUCCUCGCCUAUUUGUACCUGGUGAGCGCCGUCGCGACCGCAAUUUUUUCUAUUUAUGGAACAGUUAGCAUCGUGGACAUCAUGUCAAUUGUUCCGGUACAAUACCGUCAUAUCGUCGUUACAGCGUUGGUGUUAAAUGUUAUAAACUUGAUUUUAAGUAUUACUGCAAUACCAUUUAUCAUACUUCUCCUCAUUGGACUGCAUAAGGAGAGACGAAUCUACGUGAAAGUAUAUGUCAUAUUUCAAUUGGUGAACCUUUUAAUAGGUGUGCUUCUGAAUAUUGUUACAAUUGCAUUGGGGGAAGCGCACCUCUGGAGCAUUGCUAUAGUCUUGGGCGGUAUUGUGUUCAGCACUUAUUUUAUUCUGGUGAUGAGGAGCCAGUACAUCAAGAUGGGUGAAACCGCCAGCCACCUGCCUGGAUAAAAGCGCGGUGAUGGUUUCGUCAAGAGACAUCUAUGUAAUAUAUUUGAAAUGUUACAGUAAUUAAUCACCUUAUUACGAUUUACCUAUAUACGGCUAUAUUAAAGAUUAGUAUUUUUUUAAAUAUAUUUUUGUGUACAAAGUGAAUACAAUAUAAGAAUAAAUAUUUGUUUCAAACAA